GGGAUUUAAAGACCACGUGGUGUCAGCAUGGUGACCCCAUUAUCACAAUGGACACGAUUUUGCUUUCACUGGUUGUUGGAUUGUUGAUUCUAUUUUGCCUAUAUUUUCGGAAGAAUCGAAAUCUACCACCAGGCCCAUAUCCCAUUCCUUUUAUAGGCAAUCUAAUUCUGUUCAAGAAAGAUCAACGCGGUUACAAAGCUUACACAAAGCUUUCGGAAAAAUACGGGAACAUCUACACUCUUCAUUGCGGAUCUACUCUUAUUAUAAUUCUAAAUGGAUAUGAUGCAAUUAACGAAGCUUUCGUGAAAAAAGCCGAUGUUUUUACUGACAGACCUCAGCUGUUUGUACCUCUUAUUGGUGUGUCCAAGGGAACAGGAUUGACAUACAAUAGUGACAGGCCAUGGAAAAUUCUCAGACGAUUCGCGCUACAGGCUCUCAGAGAUUUUGGGGUAGGGAAGAAGUCGCUGGAGGAAAAGGUUCAAGAGGAAGUCAACGUUGUCAUGGAAACACUAACCAACAGCAAAGGACAACCAAUCCGUGUCAAACCGCUUCUAUUAUCGGCGGCCACGAACAUCAUAUGCAACGUCAUGUUUGGGGCAAGGUUUCAGUACACUGACGACCGUUUCAAUGAGUUGACCGACGUUCUUGAAUCCAUUUUCCGGCUGAACGCUCCCUUUGCAAAAGAAAAUUUCUUUCCUUUCACAAGGAACCUAUCUGGAGGAAAAGAGCUUAUCAGCAAAAGAAGUGCCGCCAUAGAAAAAGUCAAGAAAUAUUUAGCCGUAACAAUAAAAGAACAUGAGGAGAGUUUCGAUCCCGAUAACAUAAGAGAUUUCAUAGACUUGUACAUCAAAGCAUCACGUGAUCAAACGGACCCUGAGAUAUUUACUGAGGCCAACGUUUACAAGGUUAUCGUGGACCUAUUUCUGGCAGGAGGAGAGACCACUGGAACUAGUUUAGACUGGUCCCUACUCUACAUGAUAACGUAUCCAGAGAUACAAUCCAAGUGUCAAGAUGAAAUUGAUCACGUUGUUGGGAAAAACAGACCUGUUGGUUUAGAGGACAAAGGAAACAUGCCAUAUCUAGAGGCCACACUUUUGGAAAUCCAAAGAAUGGCAAAUACCUUAACGUUUUCCUUACCACAUGUUGCGAAAAAAGACACUAAGCUCCAAGGCUUUGACAUACCUAAAGACGCUAUAAUCAUCGCCAAUCUGUACUCGGCGCACAUUGACGAAAAGUAUUGGAAAGAUCCCGAGAAGUUCAUACCCGAGCGAUUUCUAAACGAAGAUGGUUCUCUCAGACGAAGGGAUGCUUUCAUUCCAUUUUCAGCAGGUCCCCGUUUUUGUAUUGGAGAACCUCUCGCAAGGAUGGAGUUAUUUUUGUUUUUUACCAACCUGCUGCAAAGAUUUCGGUUUUCAAUGGAAGAUAAAGAGAAUCCACCGUCAUUGGAUGGAGUCCAGGCCCUUACAUUAACGCCACUUCCAUACCGUUUGGUGGCGCUGUCGCGUUAGACAUUGCAUAAUCAAGUAUACAUCAAUGUGAAUUAUUGUAAAUUCAAGCAUCUGGACACAAACUUUAUCAAUUUAUUAUUUUGCUAGUGUGUUGAUAUGAUUCUACGAUGUAAAUACCAAAAUAUAAUCACACUGUAUCCAUUUAUUAUCUUUUGUCAUUUUGAAAAAUAUUCAGAACAUAUCUUCCAUCCAUUUUAUGAAUGGUUGUUUAAAAGUAAUAAACUAAAAAAAUGCA